AUGAGUCUUCAACGGUGCAAUCACGACCCUUUCUUUAAUGAAUUAGCUGUCUACCGUUACCGGCAGGGAAUGUACAAAGUGGCUCGCGAUUAUUUGCAUACUGCCUUCUCAUUAGCAAAUGAGCAUCAAUGUAAAAGGAGCCCCAUUUGGGAAAAGAUCAGGCCAACUUGGGCCAUAUAUACCGUCAUCCACCGUGAGUUACUGCAUUCUGCCAUCAUCGACAGUUUCAAGACAAGUUAUGUAUUCAAGCCAGAUCAGUCAUGCUUGGCCGGCUCGUUUGAUGUCUUUAAAAUGGCAAAUUCCAUUGGGCUCAAGCAGGAUCAAGUCGCUAUUGAAUUAGAGCAAGAUGUACGCUAUAUGUGUGAUCACACCCAAGAGCAUCCAUCUGUACUAUUUACUGAGGAUGCCAUGAUUGUUAAUCAAGGAAAUUUGCGGCCUAGAGAAUCAGGAGAAUAA